GCCCCAUUGGCUAAACAACAGUUUUCUACCUUUCUCCUUCCUUAAGCCUCUGCUUCUGCUCCACCUCUUCUCUCCAAUUCAAUCCAGCUACUACCUGCAUUCACGAAAUUGUCGGAUAUAUACUCUUCCCAGAAUCUUCUCAAACUUCUGUCUUCAUGACUAGAGCUCGACACUGAUCUUAUCCUCCCCAUUUCCUCCAAUUUCAUCAAUGGCGGCCUCUGUGUUGGCAUCGACAUCGCCAUCGCUGCCGACGUUAUCUUCUUCUGUUAGAAAAACCUAUCUCAGAAAUCUUCAAAACCCCACUGUGUUUCCUUCAAUCUCCGCUCGAAUUCCUCCUCUCAAGUCAAAAGCACUUUCACCAGGCCUUCCUGUUCCUCCUCCAACUUCACUGAAAGCGUUCCGUUCAGAUGGGUUUCCUGGUACGUCUGAGGACACAGAGAUAUUGGCGCCAUUCUCGGAGGAAAACCCUACUAAGUUUGUCUUCUGGGUUUUGUUUUGGGCUUCUCUUUCUCUUGUUUGGUUUGCUGCAUCUUCUGAUGCUAAUGCUGCUGCUGAUUCUCUCAAAGCUUCGAGUUUUGGGUUCAAGAUUGCUACAAAGUUGAGAAGAUUGGGGUGGCCUGACCAUACUGUCGUCUUUGCACUUGCUAUGCUCCCAAUCAUCGAGCUUCGUGGUGCAAUACCUGUUGGUUACUGGAUGAACCUCAACCCUGCAAUCCUCACUCUCUUUUCUGUUCUUGGGAACAUGGUUCCUGUACCCUUCAUUAUACUUUAUCUCAAGAAAUUUGCUUCUUUUCUUGGGAAGAAGAACCACUCGGUCUCUCGUUUGUUUCACAUGCUAUUUGAAAGUGCAAAACACAAGGCUGGUCCUGUCCAGGAGUUUCAAUGGCUUGGUUUGAUGCUUUUUGUGGCUGUGCCUUUCCCCGGAACAGGAGCAUGGACUGGAGCCAUCAUAGCUUCUAUCCUUGACAUUCCAUUCUGGUCAGCUGUCUCAGCAAAUUUCUGUGGUGUUGUAUUGGCUGGAUUACUGGUGAACUUGCUGCUGAACCUUGGUCUCAAGUAUGCCAUUCUUACUGGUAUUAUCCUCUUCUUUGUCUCCACUUUUAUGUGGACUAUCCUUCGAAAUGUUAAGAAGUCUUUGAGCUCAUAUAAUUGAUGGUAUUGAUGGCCUACUUCUCUAUCAUCUUCAUUUCCACCCACAUGUUUUUGCUUGUAAUGCUGCACAAGUUUACAUAUGGGUUCUUAUGGUUUUUUCAGAAUUUUUACCCGUUUCCCUUAGCCAGGACAUAAUUACAUUAUUAAUGAUGAUGGUCCUUUUCUAACCAUGAAUCCAAAGCAUCUCUGUCUUGUAAAAAUUCCGUAUCCUUGAAAAGGAAAAACAAGGAACUUAGUAAGAGACACUUUGUACUACUCGAAAUGGUACCUUUUGUCAUAAGCAAGAAGAAAGUAAAAGACUCAAGUAUGUUAAAUGGAAUCAGAAAUUGUUUAGUUCCUUUUUUGGCUCGGUUUAUGUUGUAAGUACUUGUAGUUCAGUACUGUAUCUCAUGAUACAAGAGUUGAGUUAAACUAGCUUUGGGGGAUCAAAGAAGAAGAUUCCCAGUUUUUGUGUUGGCUAUAUAAAUUCUUCCUGGUGCUACAUAGUUGAAUAGAAAUGGCUAAUCAUUAUGGUACAGUUUA